AUGUGCGUUCACUGCCAAGACCCUCCCACUAAACGGGCCAAUGGGACAGAGGGACUGACCAAUGGGGGAGAGGGACUGACCAAUGGGGGAGAGGGACUGACCAAUGGGACAAAGGGACUGACCAAUCGGACGGAGGGACUGACCAAUGGGACAAAGGGACUGACCAAUGGGACGGAGGGACUGACCAAUGGGGGAGAGGGACUGACCAAUCGGGGAGAGGGACUGACCAAUGGGGGAGAGGGACUGACCAAUCGGGGAGAGGGACUGACCAAUCGGGGAGAGGGACUGACCAAUGGGACAGAAGGACUGAACAAUGGGACGGAGGGACUGACCAAUGGGGGAGAGGGACUGACCAAUGGGACAGAGGGACUGACCAAUGGGGGAGAGGGACUGACCAAUGGGACAAACGGACUGACCAAUGGGACGGAGGGACUGACCAAUGGGGGAGAGGGACUGACCAAUGGGACAAAGGGACUGACCAAUCAGACGGUGGGACUGACCAAUGGGACAGAGGGACUGACCAAUGGGACAAAGGGACUGACCAAUGGGACGGAGGGACUGACCAAUGGGGGAGAGGGACUGACCAAUCGGGGAGAGGGACUGACCAAUGGGACAGAGGGACUGAACAAUGGGACGGAGGGACUGACCAAUCGGGCGGAGGGACUGACCAAUCGGGCGGAGGGACUGACCAAUGGGACGGAGGGACUGACCAAUCGGGCGGAGGGACUGACCAAUCGGGCGGAGGGACUGACCAAUGGGAGGGAGGGACUGACAAAUGUCGAAAACGUGCACAAAAGAGAGAAAACCUUCGACACGUUCUUGUGA